CUUCUGGUAGUUGCAAUUGAGAGUUCGACCCGCGAGGUUAAUGCUACCAACGCAAUCGCCCCAUUAAGAUGCACCCCGGAAACAGAUCGUGGACUCUGACCCUGCUGGCGCUGGGCGUGGUCCUGUCCACUUCAGCCCAGGAUGUGACCCGUUCGAACCGGAUUGCGGCGCCGGGGGAGCCACUCUACUAUCUGAUGGCGGAUGCGGGUCCUUUGGUGACCCCGAAUGAGGCUCUGAAGCGCACGAACCGCUCGCUGCUCAAGUGGUGGGAUGAUCUCUUCCCCCGCAACAACAACUGCUGCAACAACAACAACAAUAACAACAAUCUGGUGUAUCCACCAGCUCCACUGCUCCCCGCGCCCUCUGUGCCCAACAACUGCAAUGGCCUGCAGCUGCAGGAUCUGGAUCCCUUCAAGCAGAUGAAGCUCUUCAAGAAGCUACCCGAACUAUUUCCCACAGCCACAUCCUGUGGACAGUGCGGCGGCGGUUGUGGCCAGAACAACUAUGUGCCACCGGCGCCACAGAGUCCUUCCUACGGCGGUGAUGGUUACGGAGCGCCGCCCAACGGUGGGUACACGAAACCCAAUCCCGAGUACGAUGGUCCCGGCGAUGGCGAUGCGGGCUAUGUAGCGCCGGCAGCUCCUGCCUACGAAGCUCCUGCGCCAGUUGCUCCUGCCUACGCGCCUGCAGCUCCUGCCUACGAAGCUCCAGCACCAGUUGCUCCUGCCUACGAAGAUCCUGCGCCAGCAGCUCCUGCUUACGAAGCACCUGCAGCUGAUUACAAUGCACCCGCUGCACCAGCUCCCACCUAUGAGCCGGCAGCACCGAGCUACACCCAACCGGAGGCCACUCCCGAAGUCUAUGCCAAGGGACAGGGAUACAGCCAGCCCGCACAGCCAAGUUACGUUGGCGCACCACCGGCACAGAUACUUUACCAACCCAUCAUCUACCUCACCGCUCCACUGGCAUCGAAGUCGUCCUUCCAGGUGGAGUAUGACGAUCAGAAAUAUGCCACUCCAAUAGCUCCACCACCACCGCCACCGCCAUCGGCUCCCGUUUACGAAGCUCCAUCGCAGAGUUGCUACCAACCGGCGGCACCACCUGCUCCGAACUAUGCCACGCCCUCGUGCCAAACGCCCAUCCGCCUCUCACUCAUAGACCAGCCGUAUCGAGUGGCUCCGGAACUGUUCGAGGAGUACAACUAUCGCCUGGCCCUGGGCUCCCAGAAUCUUUUGUAGUUAUCUAAACGCUGAUGUUUGACCAAUCUGUAAAUAAAAGUCUUCUAAUGAUUUA